CGACAUCAGUGGUGGGGCCCGUCAUCCGAAUCCACUUCAGUGCAGCUUGAGCCACCCGACGAGCAACAUUGCCAUCAAUACGAAAAUUACGCAGUUGCCGAUACUUGUAGCGCGCGGGCAAAGUUCUGAAUACGAUCAUCGCGAGAUACCAAACACCGUCGUGGCGCGUUUAUUUUAAAAGUGACAGUGCUCCAACUAUACCAGAAUAAUAUGUCUAUGUUUCCUGCUACAACAGUGAUGUGAAUCCAGGAAUGAACCGUGCAGGAUUAUUCAGUGUUACCCGUUGCUGGAAACAUGAAGCAGCGCCGUAUGGUACAUCUUAUACUUUCUUGGCACCUGGAUAUCAGAUAUCAACGUUCGGACACCGGCUCCUGAAUAUAUCUUAAGCCCCACACACACACACCUCCCCACCGAUCUAGACAUGUACCAAAAAUGCGUAUGUUUUAUAUUUCUAAUGCUCCUAGCCGUAUUGAGUUGUUAUGGUUUCCGCAUAGAUAACCUAGCCAUGACGGAUCUGACCAAAAAAAAUUUCCACACCUCGCCGAAUAACUAUUAUUCAAAUACCGAUAGAUUUAUCCGCGCAGACACUGUCAAUAAACCGCACAAAAUCAGGCAUCACAGGCUUUGGAGGACUCAGGCGCACACUCGAUCCCCCAAACCCCCGCACAUCGAUGCCAUCAUUUAUCCCCCGCCCGCCACCAAAUCCAUCUCCUCCACGGAUUUUUCAUCCACCAAUGACAAACUCAUUUGGCCGUAUAAAUCCUCCAUCGAAUCUAGCGAAUCCGCGAAUACGUGGCCACUCGCUAAUCCUUCCUCUAGCGAGAUCAAACUUAGCCAUAGCGAACUCAAACGCAGCGAAAUUAGCGAAGCACGAAACCCUUGGCCGGUGUCAAUACCUUCUAGCGAGGUAAUCUGGCCAACGCGUAGCUCUAGCGAGGUCGUUUGGACAGCGCAUCGCAUUUCCAGCGAGGUAAGUCUUUCGAUGCCUUCUAGCGAAGCAAACGUGUCGCUGGCUUCGUCGACAAUCUUCCCCGAUGAAAGUCUCGCGCAAAUACCUCCGACUGACUUCGCUCCGGUGAAAUUCGUGGUAUCGAGAUCGCAGCGAGCGUCCGAGCAUAACUCAAAAAGAGGAAAAAACAAAUGGUCGCAGCGCCAGAAGGAAGACAUCUUCGCAAAAGCCUAUAGAGCGGAGUUCGUCAUCCUAGCGGAGGUGGAAUCUAGGCAUAUAAACGAAUCGAACCAAUUUUGUGAAUAUUACGUGAAAGUGAUUAAGGACUUUAAGGAGAACGUGUAUAAGGAUUUCGUGUUAUUGCACAAGUCUUACAGGCGCUUGCUCACGGCGACUUGCGAUCUAGUCAAGGAGAUGAAGAAUUCGAAGAAGUAUCUGUUGAUGUUGGAUAAGAAUCUUUUGCCGAUCGAUACUCCGAAGCCUAGGGUCAGGCCGGGGAUGGCCAAGAAGCUUAAGAGGGCGUGCAAAAAAGGGUUUGUGCCGACGAUACCGAAGGUCGAAUUAAGAGAAGUUACGCCGAAAUCGCGAAAAAAGGUUGAAAGAAGAAAUCGAAUGCUGAUCUGUAAAGCGAAAGGUUUCCCACCACCAAAGAUAACGUGGAGGCGGCGAAACGAGGUCCUGCAUCACAGCCGCUCCUCUUACAAUAUACUGUACAAAAGGAGGCAGAGUAAGCUGAUUAUCAAAAAACAGGAUGCAGGAUACCUGGGCCAAUACGAGUGCAUAGCUGAAAAUGCGAAUGGAUACACAGCAUCACAAAAUAUCACUCUGUUGCCGCUUCAAACUAGUGAGAGCCUUAAUUCUGGUAAGGAAUGUCCGGAUCAGUACAAAGAUGUGUUUUGUCAAAACGGUGGGAAAUGCUUCUUUGAAUCAUCGAUGGGUAUUCUUUAUUGCAGUUGUCCGGAAAACUAUAAUGGAGAAAAGUGCGAAUUGAAAAAACCCAGUAAUACCAGUAUGUAUCCACAACCUGAUCUAUACACUUGUAAAUUAGGCCUAUCGACAAAAUACAAUUGUUAAACAAAAUUUUUUUUGAAACCGAGUGGUGGACUUUUUUCGAAAAGACGAACGGGAAAAAAUUGUAAAUUGUUACCGAUGUACAUAUACAAACAAAAAAAAAUGAAUAAAAGAACCGUGUAUAUUUGUAAACUAUCCUAAUGUAUAAGACUGUUUAAAGUAAUGAUGGUUUAAAGCCAGUGCAGUCAUUUAUAAGAGUCAAAACUUUUUACCAAAUUUUCGAACCGCCCCCGUACAUCAAAGUUUUAUUUUUCGUAAUAAAAGAACCCUUCGAUUAUUCAACUAUUUAUAUGUACCAUGUACAUAAUUGUUUUUAAGAAGUAGUCGCGGAUCAUUAGGGAUUUUAAAAUUAAUUUACGCUUAAUUCGGUAUACGGGGGGAGUCUAAGAAUUGAUGCAGUUGAAAAGAUUGGUAAAAGGUGAGCAUACCUAUAAAUAUCAGGGACCGAUAUUUUACAUAAUUUUGUAUAAAGUCUUGUAGAUAUAUAUUAUUUAUUUAUUAAUUACAUCUUUUACUCACAACAAAGAUAUCUGAGAAAAUCUUAUAACAAAACCUAAGAUAAUUGU